GGGACGUAGAUGUGGGAUGCCGAUGGCAAACAGAUACUACAUCGCAAAAGAUCGCCAAUAGUUUGUGGGGCUGUAAACAGGCGAACGUGAAACUAAAACGUGCGCAUGGGUUUCGCUGCUACAGUUGCCUAAUUUGGUACAAUUGACUAGGUGUGUAGGAGAUAAUGUGUGUAGGAUCUGUUCGGUCGGAAUCGUUCGAAUUGCAUUUGCGAACUGCUUGCGCCGACACUUGUUUGAAUCUAAUUUAUGAUCUGCUUUUUAAACAUCCUGAUAAUACGAAUAAACAUACAUCAUUAGUUUUAUUUUUUUUUACUUUCCCUGUUUUUAGUUUAUCAAAGCAAGUAAUUGUGUUAAAACCCAUCUGACAUGAUAAACUUUUUUUUUAUUACUUUAAAUAGUUAAGCCAUGACUGGUUUGCAUUUGUGUUCUUAUGAAUUUAUUUGUCUUGAUCUGAACAGCAGCUUCAACAAAGCUGGGUGGAAUUUACUUGAAAUUGGCUUUUAUCUUUGAUCGUAUUGCUUUUCUUUUAUAUAAAAUAUUCAUCGAUUUAACGUUAUUUUUCUUUUUCAUUCUGUGUGACAAACGUGUUUAGGAUGUGCUCAUUCAAAUUGAAGUGAAAAAAAAAACAAUCUCGCCAUUUCUUUGCCAAAACAAUAUUUACACAAGGUUGCAUUUAAAACUAACAUAAUCCCAUCGUUUGCUGUAUUUGUGUAUAACGAUGCUCAGUACUUAGAUAGAAUUGAACAUUGAUACCUCAUGGAAAUAUGCAAAAAGACGACGUACGGAUGCACAAUACGCACUUGUACGAUAAAUAGUUGUCAUUAAGACUGUUUUCUUGCCUAAGAUAUUGAAAGAUCUGGUUUAUAGGGAUCCUAUAGGGUGGGUUCCGAAAAAUUAGUAGCUUUUUAAGGUUUAGAAAAGGCUUGUCACAGCAGCCUGCGACAAAUAGAUUGAUUUGGAUUAAAUUGACGAACCUCUCUUGAAGAAUGAAGAAUCUUUCAACUGAAGCAACACCUAUUUGUUAAAACCAAAACGUGAAAAAGCAAAAGCGAAUCCAAAAUCCGGAUCGAUAGAGAUUAAGCAAUGGAAUGAAUUGCAUUUGCGUGUCUUCCUUGAAGAAAUGAUCGGCUUCGUUUGUAAUAAUUGCGGCGGCGCACGAAGUGCGUGGUUAAGAAAAUAAAGUUACUCGACAAGACUUAAGGCUCAUCAGAAAAAUACAGGUCUCAUCUGAUUCAUUCCUAAUAAUUUAAUUUCCCAUGAAUGUGAAAUCGCAACCACAGCAGGCGUAGAGCGAUCGAUUGCAGAGAAAGCGUUCGUCGCGUCGUUUCCGGUGGUAAAAAGUAAUCGUCCUCGCAACUUACAACCACGUAAGCGCAAUCGAUGCUAUGUUGCCGGUUCGGUUCAAACGUGACCCCGGCAGUGGCCACAGGGCCUGUGUAUUUCGGUCCCCCGUGUUGAUGUGUGUGUGUGUGUGUGUAUGUGUGUGUCUGGGAGAGUUUUUAAAUGACAUCAGCUCAACAUUAUGUAUUGCAUAUCCGGCCAUGAUCCACAUUCGAUGGCUCUCAGUAGGUCAAACCGUUUUGAAAAUACAAUACAAUAUUUACGUUUUCGUGAUUUCUCCUCCGUUUCUCUUUUGCGCAUACUCGCUCACUCUCUCCCAUAGGUGUGAUUGCAAAGGUCCUCCAUUUGUCUCUCCUUUACUAUUUACUACGUUCAAGGGUCGCUAGAUAUAUCCUACUCGCUGUAAUUCCAAAUCGUAGUCGCUCUUCUUCCCUCUGUCACUCAGGAGGUGGUGGUACUCCCAAAAGCAGUGGCAUCACUACGCCCUUGGUAUUGUCUUUCUCGCCAUGUUCCUUUGACCAUUCAAUUUCAUUUAUUCUAUUUCGCUCUCCCUAUUUUAUCCUAUCUUACGCUCUUUCUCUGUCCUGUAUCGUACUGGUGGCGCGGGUGAUAUAUUACACAAGCUCAUGCUUUGCGCCCCCUUGAAACACGUGUCGUAACUUCCUGUCGUUUAAGCGUUUGCUUGUUCCGCAACGGUAUCCACGCGUUAUAUUUGGCCUACUGCGUGGACACCAAUUCAGAUUGGCAAAAUACAAACCUGCCGUGCAUAGCGCCCCGCUGACGCAGUAAAUCCAUCCUUCCACCAGGCGACUCCAUCAGAUUACGAAGGACAGCCAUUUGGCUCACAUCCUGAAAUACACUAUCGGAUUGAUUGUUAUGA